AUGUCGCCGUCUCCAUAUAAACUCUGGAUCGCUGACCAGCUGGGCCGGAUAAGCGGCGAAUCAUCGUACGCGAUCGCGGGCGCUACCGCCGGUCUUAUAUCGGGAGUGGCAGUGUGUCCGCUCGAUGUGGUGAAAACGAAAUUACAAGCCCAGGGAGGAUUUUUAAAAAACAGCGUCGUCGACGUUCAGCGGUAUAACGGAUUUAUAGGCACGAUACGCACGAUUUGGAAAACAGAAGGAGUUAAAGGGUUUUACAGAGGUGUGGUACCUAUCACAUUCGGGUAUCUGCCGACAUGGAUGAUCUACUUUAGCGUGUACGAACGCUGCAAAGAAAAGCUUCCCGCAUUAUUAGGCCUGGAAAAUCAACCGACGGUUGUCCACUUAGUAUCAGCGUUAUGCGCGGGUGGCUCGUCGACAACAAUAACAAACCCGAUCUGGGUCGUCAAAACGCGACUGAUGACCCAGAGCGCCGACACGGCGUGGCACUACAAAGGCACGAUCGACGCCUUCCGCUGCAUGUACAAAAACGAAGGCCUGAUCUCGUUCUACGCCGGCCUGCUUCCCGCCCUUCUCGGCCUGCUCCACGUCGCGGUCCAAUUCCCACUGUACGAGAAAUUCAAGCUGAUGUUUGUCCCCGCGCCAGACACUCACCCGUCCGAGCUCCGGAAGGUGAGCGGGAUUAUCUUCGCGUCGAGUCUGUCAAAAAUGCUCGCCUCGAUCGUGACGUACCCGCACGAAGUCGUUCGCACGCGCAUGCAGAUCCAGCGCGGUCUCCCGCGCGAGCACCAGACGAACUACAACGGCGUCAUAAAGACGGUCACGACCCUGCUGAAGGACGAAGGCUGGCGCGUGUUUUACUCGGGGCUGGGCACGAAUAUGGUGCGCACUGUGCCGGCGAGCGCGGUCACGUUGAUCACGUACGAGCUUUUGGUGGAUAGGUUCAGCACGCUGCGAGAGCAGCGCAAGCGGAGGUUGCAAGAGGAGAGUGCUUUGCAGGUGUAG